UAUUUUCAAAUCUUUUAUCAGAAUCUAAGUCAACCUAUGAGAAGUGUCCCCGGUGCGAACACGACGAGUUUGACGAGGACUUUCAUGACAAGAUCGACACGGCUGUGCAGUACGCGGACAACGUCCUCACCAAGGAGAGGAGAUGGUGCAAUGGUUUGGAAUACGAGCUCCAGUUUCGGCAGAACUGCCUGUUGGAGAUUGACAAGGUCCUUCACGAGGAUAACGUGAACACCAUCAGGAUCCUGGUGGGGGCCUUCCACGCCGCAGCCGGGCUGGGGGAGUGGACACAGGCCAUCGACUGGGGCCACAGGCUGGAACGUGGACUUCACCUUUAUCUCCAACCUAACGAGCCUGACCAAGGCAAUCUCCAUCACAAAUUGGGCAAAGCUUACUUUCACUUAGGAGACCAGGAGAAAGGGCGCUUUCAUGCCCUUAAGGCCAAGGAGAUCUACACCAUCACCCACGGUCGGCGCAGCUCACAGACGAAGAUGCUAAAGGAUUUACUGAGAGAGUUUGACGAAGUUGUCAGCGACGAUGACGAAGAAGAGGAAGAAGAAGAGGAAAAUGAUGACGACAAACGGAGCAGGAAUCUACCGCCCGACUGGAACCCAGCGGACUACAAAUGUUGGAUCGACCCUCGAGAGAACAAACGGAAUGCCGAAAAGAAAGAAGAAGAUCCGCCGAAAACGAGGAAUCACUACCGGGAAGACGUCCAGGUGAAGAGAGAGGGGAAUGAAUUCCGCGCCAAGCUGUCGAGUCUCCUCGACAACGGCGUGACUAGAAAGGAGACGUCGUCCCCGAUUUCGUGGUACAACAGUGUGGACACGGCCCGCCCAUCUAGGGUGAUGUGUCUUCGUCAGGACGAGUCUGAGAGGAGGUCUUCAUCUCUUGACAGGUACACUGGCAGGCCUGCUUCGCCGAUAUACACGGCUAAUAAUAGACCUGCUUCCCCGGCGAGAUACACCAUCAACACCAGGCCUACGUCCCCCGCUACCAUUGCUCUGGAAAGAGCAAGGAGUCUUUUGAAUAAGAUAGAACUGAAGACAUCAACCGCGGGGUCCCUUACCCUGAGUCGGGCGCGUCGUUACGAUGACCGCCGGUACGCGUCCCUGCGCAUCCCGACUACAUCCAGGCGGCUUCAACCCGCUUACAUGUCGAUAAGUCUCUCCCGUUAGGCGAAGGAGGCACCCAUGGCCAUAGACCCGCCGAUACUAGCCUCCAUCAUGCCUAUCUACGGGAAUACGGAUCGUAGAAUUCGGCAAAAAACAGAGUAAAAUUGGCCAAGGGAGUCCGGCCGCGGAGUGGCAGUUUCUGUCCCUGCGCGGCCAAUCAAACCUACAAGGCGGCCAAACUCCC